AGGAAGAGAAAAGGUAAAGCAUGCAAAGAAACUGGAGCCUCUGAAGGCAACUCGUGGGCAUUUGCAAGGCCUUUAGAGGUGUAUAGCACUGAUUUGUUACUAUUUCCUAUUUAUACAUUAAACUGUUAAUGCCUUUCUUUUCUCACUGAUGAAAAUAUAACCCUACCCCUAACAACCCAACCCAACCCAUUCCUAUCCACACAAUGGACCAAGAGUUGAGUGAGAAGCAAAUCUGAGAACGGGAGUGCUGAAAGGAAAAGGAAGAAGAAGGUUUGCAGGGACUCUUGCUCCUUGCUGCUCAAGAAAUGUCUUCACUUUCAGAAUAUGCCUUGCGCAUGACUCGUCUGAGUGCCCGGCUGUUCGGUGAAGUGGCCAGGCCUACUGAUUCCAAAUCCAUGAAAGUGGUGAAACUGUUCAGUGAGCAGCCUCUGGCCAAGAGGAAGGAGACUUAUGACUGGUAUCCAAAUCACAACACUUAUUUUGCGCUCAUGGGGACUCUACGUUUUCUUGGCCUCUAUAGAGACGAGCACCAGGACUUCAGGGAUGAGCAGUUGCGUCUAAAGAAGCUUCGUGGGAAGGGGAAACCAAAGAAAGGAGAAGGGAAAAGAGCAGCAAAAAAGAAAUAGUGUUGGUCCAUCAGGAGAACAAAGUUCUUUCUCAGCAACUGACAGCAGAAGAAGGUGUAUUUAUCUUUCCACAUAUUCAAGGAAUGUAAGCUUCCGAAAUUGAAGAUUAUCUGGAGGAACACAAUCAUUUCUGUGUUGAAGUCCAGUCCAGUUGAAUUGUGACUGGUUUCCUGGACACAGUCUAAUUCUGCAAAGUUAUUUUGGCCUUGGUUUCAUACUCUGAUGUUUACCUCUUUCUCUAAAGAAAUGAAUGCAUAGGUGAUUGAAGAAUGACUCAUUUGGUAUGGGAAUGGGAUGUUGGGGACAUGGGGAACUUAAAUGAGCAUCCUUUAGUCUCCCCAGGAUCCCUUCUUGCUUCCCCACUACACCAGCCCUGAACUCUUCCAUCCCUCUGGCUGUUCAACCACUGUCUCCACCACCGAGCUCACAAACUUCAUGUACCUCUCCACAUACUCUUGGAGAGUAUCUACUAAGAUAGAUUUGUGGGAAAAGUAUCUACCUGUUAAGAGAGUACUGAGUGAGUACCUGCUGGGCCCUAAUAAUAUCAUGGUUAGCAAGAAAAAACAGUCCCUACCUCAUGGAACUUUCAGGCUUGUGGGAAAGACUAGUAUCAUUACAGAAGUAAAAUUGUAUUAAAUGCUACAAAGGGAAAAUCCA